CCUUGAGUUACAUGUCUGGACCCUCAUCGCAUUUCUGCCGUUUGGAUAUAAACAAAAGAAGAAGUGAUGAAACUAUCCAUCGCUGUGGUGCCUGCGUGCAGGAGGAAGACCCGUCCAUCUCAUCAAUGAACGGGAAGCAGCACCUUCAGAUCGUCUUCCUCCAGGUUCUUGCUGGAGCUGAUGAGCCUUGAGAUACAAUCAUGGCACCGUGCCUUCAUCACCGUACGUCAAACAUGGAAGUAGACACCAGGAAAAGCUCCUGAAGUCGACCCAUCAUCCUUCCCUCCUCCUGUCAACUAUUUUCCUCCAUUCCAUUCCUCUCCCUGUCUUUUACCCAUGUAUCUCUCUCCUCAACCCCCUCCAUCCCUCCAUGGACCCCUUUGGUUCCUCCUGGUUCUCCUGGCCUCCACGUAUUUACUGCCCUGCCCAGUUCGGGCAGCAUCGUUUCAGGUUGGGGUGGUGGGACCGUGGGGAUGCGACCCCCUCUUUGCCAAGGCCCUUCCCAGUGUGGCGGCUCAGCUCGCCGUCAACCGCAUCAACAGAGACCCCUCGCUGUCGUACGCUGCAACCUUCGACUAUGUUGUGCUGCAGGAGCCAUGUGAGACAUCAAGAGCACUGGAGGCCUUCAUGGGUUUCUACACCAAGGCCACAGGGUUCAUUGGUCCAGCCAACCCCGGAUACUGUGAUGCUGCCUCAAUGCUGAGCAAAGGCUGGAACAAGGUAUUGUUUCCAUGGGGUUGUGUUGGCUACGAGCUGGAUGACGUUCGGAGCCACCCAACCUUUGCCCGGUCCAUGCAGAGGCCGACCUCGGUGCUGCUCAGCAUCAUAAACUACUUCAGGUGGGCCCACAUCGGCAUCAUCUCUUCCUCAGAGGACAUCUGGGUGGAGACGGCCACCAAGGUAGCUGAUUCGUUGAGGAGCCAUGGUCUGCCGGUCAGGCUGGUCAGCUUUAUGGAAAACACACCUCACGGAAUAAGACGAACUCUGGCCAAAGUCCGCAAGAUGAGCGAAAUACGAGUUGUGAUCCUCUGCAUGCACUCGGCGCUGAUCGGCGGUGAAGCCCAGAAGCUUCUCUUGGAGACGGCCUAUGACAUGCAGAUGAUCGACGGCUCGCUGGUCUUUGUGCCCUACGACACCCUGCUCUACAGCCUGCCCUACCGCAACGUCACCUACCCGGCUCUGAGGAGCAACAGCAAACUGCUGCGGGCCUACGACGCCAUGCUGACCAUCACCAUUGACUCCCCCCAGGUGUCGUUCUACGAGGCCUACAGAGAGGCCAUGGAGAGGAGAGAGGUGGCCAGGACGCUGAAGCCACAGCAGGUGUCUCCUCUCUUUGGCACCAUCUACAGCUCCGUCCUUUUCAUGGCUCAUGUGGUGCAUCGUGUUCGCCUAUCAGGGGCAUGGAUGUCUGGGGGAAACCUGGCAACACACACCCGCAACCUGGCCUUCCAGGGCUUCAGCCAUCCCAUCAAAACCAAUGGCUCCGGAGCAGCUCUGCUUGACUACCUCAUACUGGACACAGAUGGACUCUCCUGGGAGCUGAAGCCAACAUACAGGAUCGACACGGAGGUCGGUAUGGUGCGAUUCCUGGGCCGAGACAUCCACUUCCCUCGCGGCAACCGGCCCAGGAAGGACUCCUCCUGCUGGUUUACUCCUGGAGUCAUCUGCUCAGGCGGGGUGGAUCUGUUCUCGACCAUCAGCAUGUUCUUCGGAACGAUGGCCACAUCUGUUUUUGCAGUGGCGUUGAUUUACUGCAUCAGGAGACGCAUCAAUCAGAUUCGACUGGUUAGGGGUCCAAACAAGAUCUUGCUGACUCUGGAUGAUGUCACAUUUAUAAACCCGUCACUUAGCAACAAGAAGCUGAAUCUGGACGACAGCAGGGCCAGCAACAUGAGGAGCGUGUCAGAACGCAGCGUCACGUCGCCAGUCUCCACGCAAACACCGGCCACCUACGAGAACUCCAACGUCGUCAUUUACGAGGGUGACUGGGCGUGGCUGAAGAGACUCCCUGAUGGAACGUUUAGCAACAUCAACCCCAAAACCAGCCAUGUGUUUGAACUGAUGAAGGACAUGCGUCACGAGAACGUCAAUCCUUUCCUGGGCUUCUUUCACGACUGUGGCGUGUUCGCCAUCGUGACCGAGUUCUGCUCCAGAGGAAGUCUGGAGGACCUGCUGCUAAACGAAGACGUCAAACUGGACUGGAUGUUCAAGUCGUCUCUGCUGCUGGAUUUGAUUAAGGGUAUGAAGUACCUCCACCACCGCGGAGUGUCUCACAGUCGUCUGAAGUCCCGUAACUGUGUGGUGGACGGACGUUUUGUCCUGAAGGUCACGGACUACGGCUACAACGAGGUUCUGGAGGCUCAGCGGUUCCCCUACAUCGAACCACCUGCAGACGAGUUGUUGUGGACGGCUCCAGAGAUCCUGAGGAUCUCUGGGCAGCCGGGGCUGCACGGGACCAUGCUCGGGGACGUGUACAGCUUUGCCAUCGUCAUGCAGGAGGUGGUGAUCAGAGGGCCUCCAUUCUGCAUGAUGGACCUGUCCGCCACAGACAUAAUCGAGAAGCUGCGUAAGCCUCCUCCUCUGUGUCGGCCGGUGGUCAGUCCGGACUACGCUCCAUUAGAGUGCAUCCAGCUGAUGAAGCAGUGCUGGAACGAGCAGCCGGACAAGAGGCCGGCCUUUGACGAGAUCUUUGACCAGUUUAAGAACAUCAACAAGGGGAAGAAGACCAACAUCAUCGACUCCAUGCUGAGGAUGCUGGAGCAGUACUCGUCUAACCUGGAGGAGCUGAUCAGGGAGCGGACGGAGGAGCUGGAGAUCGAGAAGCAGAAGACAGAGAAGCUGCUGACACAGAUGCUGCCUCCGUCUGUGGCCGAGGCUUUGAAGGUGGGCGGCACCGUUGAACCGGAGUAUUUUGACAAUGUGUCGCUCUACUUCAGCGACAUCGUCGGCUUCACCACCAUCUCGGCCAACAGCGAACCCAUCGAGGUGGUCGACCUGCUCAACAACCUCUACACGAUCUUUGACGCCAUCAUAGCAAACCACGACGUCUACAAGGUGGAGACUAUCGGCGAUGCUUACAUGGUGGCGUCGGGUGUUCCCGUCCCUAACGGCAACCGCCAUGCUGCAGAGAUAGCUAACAUGGCCCUUGACAUCCUGAGCGCGGUGGGAACCUUCAAAAUGAGACACAUGCCUGACGUCCCUGUCAGGAUACGAAUAGGACUGCACACAGGUCCAUGUGUAGCAGGUGUUGUAGGUCUCACCAUGCCGCGGUACUGUCUGUUUGGAGAUACAGUGAACACCGCCUCUCGUAUGGAGUCCACCGGCCUGCCCUACAGGAUCCACGUCCACCAGAGUACAGUGAAGGUCCUGCGGGACCUAAACCUCGGCUACAAGCUCGAGUUGAGAGGCAAGACCGAAGUCAAGGGGAAAGCAGUCGAGGAGACGUACUGGCUCGUCGGGAGGGACGGAUUCACCAAACCUCUGCCCGUUCCUCCAGAAGUCAAGUCCGGCUCCCCCAUCGGCGUCGCAAAGGACGAGUCAAAGGACCUGAAGCAGGUGUUUCACAAGGCGGUGAAGAAGAUCUCUCACAUCCGCGUCGUAAGUCAGCUCCAGGCGCUCGACGACGACGACAACGUCAUGUUGUCGCACCACUGACACACCUGUGAAGUGCACCACCUUGCACCUGGACCUGGAGCUCCAGCAGGACUCUCACUGCUGGGCCGGGCUGUCAGCGCUAAGACCGACCACAGAAAACUAUGACCUUUGAACUGUAUCAGAAGUGAUCGACGAAGACCCUCAUGAGCUUCACGCCAAGGACAAAGAGUGUCAUUUUGCACCAGUGUCUCACAGGAAAGCAUCAUUUCCUGGCUGGUGACCAUCCACCGAGAAAAGUUUCCAGGAGGAGACGAAGGCCGAUGACAGUGUUCGUUCAGAUUAUCACUGUGUGUGUGUGUGUGUGUGUGUGUGUGUGUGUGUUAACAGCUUGAGUUGACUAGAUGAAGUCUUAUGUUGAACUAUGUAUAGAGGCUGAGAAGCGGUGACUCAGCGAAGCAGGGAUCUACAGACGCCGCCCAUCAGCAGCAGAGGAACGCAGCUAAUCUCUCCUUCACUUCCUCCCCCGUCCCCUCCCUGUUCCCCUCUCCGGAGGGAGGAGAGGUAAGGAGAGAGGUGAUUCAAGGAGGGAAGAAAAGACGGCUCCACCUUUUUGUUUUUACUUCCUGUUUAUGGAGGUUUUUGGCAUCUUGGCUUUGUGGCGCCAAGUUGUUGAUAUUGGAAAAACACAAAUAAACUGCCAGAAUUAAUCACUGAUCUUCAGGUACUCAUAUUAGGCAGUUAAAGAGUCAUAAAUUAUUGCCAUGAAUCGACUGAGAGACAGAACAGAGCACACGUUGGUCCCCGGCCAAUCACAGCACCUCGUCUUUGACCACCUGUGUGAUGUCAUCAGGACGGGGGUGAUCAGGAAUGUAAACAAACAAAGGCAUCCAAAGCGACGUGAUACUGGCUUCCACAACGCGUCAUCGUUCCUCCUUCGCCUCGCCGCGUUUGCAGCAGAAGAGCGCUCUGAGCUCCUAUUGGUCGACGUCACAAGCGUCUCAGAUGUAGCUUUGGUAGAUGUGAGCUAAAGCGAUCAGCUGUCAGGCCUGACAUUUUCAUUCCGGACAGCCUGCAUCUGUCGGAUCAGGCUAUUACCAGGCUCAUGUGGUCUACAUUCACAGAGGUUUAACACACAUUAAUGUUUAAAAGAAUAACUUCAAUGGAUGAAUUAGCAACAGUGUUGCAGAUCGGCCUGGAGGUCUAAUGGGGCAACCUUGAACCACUACGCCCCUGGUUCACCUGGUUUCCUGUCAUAUCUCUGCUGUCAACCAUGAUAUUUCAUAAUCACCAUUAAAAACAUCGUGCAGCAAACCCCCUCAUGAUAAUUAAAGACUAAGAUAGUCCAGAUAGUCCACAGGUCUGCUCCCGUGAGAGAGGGUCAAAUCUCAACUGCAUCUGAGGUCGGAUUAGUGGUGGUUGUUUCAUUUUACAGCAGGAAGCAGAUUCUUUCCUUCUCUGAUUUUAUGUCAUCGUCACAAACGCUUAAUGUACUCUGAUGUUUUAUUGGUUAAAUUUAGUUCAGACAGGUUUAUGUUUUUAAUUUUGUGCUUAUAGUUGGAAAUGAUCGUGUUCUUUAGAUUUAGAUGAGUGACAGUAUCGAAUCAACUUUAUUUUUGUUACCAAACCUGCCUCACAAACACUGCAAUAAAUGCUUUGGUGCUUGAAUUCAGUGUAAAGACGUUUGGUAAUUGAGUUUAUCACUGUGCUUGAGAGGCUGGUUUUUAAACAAGCUCACAGCGCCCCCUGGUGGCGCAACCUAAAAUAAACUAAAGUUUGUUUAAGCUACAGAAAGCCUCCUGGCAGCUCAGCAGGAUUAUCUCUGCUGAUCCUCAGUGUGUGUGUGUGUGUGCGUGUGUGCGUGUGUGUGUGUGGUGGUCUGUUUAAAAUCCAUAAACACACAGGAAGCUUACCAUCCUCUUUUUACUGAAUGUAUGCAACUCCAGCUCACACACGGUGGUGGACGAUGUAAAAAAAAAGUAAAAGUAGCCGCACUACAGUGCAGAAAUACUCUGUUACAA